CCCCUACUAUUUCAUAACCCUUUUUAUCUCUCAUUCCCCCAACUCUCUCUCUCUCUCUCUCUCUCUCUCUCUCUCUUACUACUUUCCCUUCUCCUACAUCGAUCCAUACAGCAACUCUUACAAAUAUACUCAACCACCUUGACCGUUAAUUAAUGGAUCCACCACCACCGUCCUCGUCCUCCUCGUCCUCCUCCUCCUACACAAGCUUCCCCAUCUUGGCCAUCACCAUCCUAGGCAUCCUCACCACCUCCAUCGUCCUCCUCAGCUACUACCUCUUCGUCACCCGAUGCCGUCUCUCCUCCGCCGCCCCGCUCCGCCGCGCUCUCCCCCACCCCGCGGCCGAGCCCCGCGGCCUCGACCCCUACGUCAUCAGCAUCCUCCCCAUCGUAAAAUUCGCACCGCCCUCCGCCGCAACAGUGCAAGAUCAGUGCGCCAUCUGUCUGGCCGAGCUGCGCGGCGACGACGCGCUCAAACUCCUGCCCGCCUGCUCGCACGCCUUCCACAUCGACUGCGCCGACACCUGGCUGCAGAGCAGCACCAGCUGCCCCCUGUGCAGAACCAACGUCACGGCUCCAUUCAAACACCCAACUGGCCGCCGACUGCACCGCCACCAGGACCACGCACAAGGAAAGAGCAGGAAUAAGAACAUCAUAGGCGGGAGCAUGGGAGACGAGUGCAUUGAUGUUCCGAGGGAGAAGGAUGAGAGCUUCUGCGUGCAACACAUGAGGAGAUCACUCUCUAUGGACUCGUCCGGUGAUAGGCAACUCAUUCUCUCCGUUCGGGAGAUGCUUAAGGAGAAGCAGUUUUCGCCGUCUGAAGGGAGUAGUAGCGGCGGCGGCGGCGGUAGGGUUCGGCGGCCGUUCUUUUCCUUCGGCAGCGGUCGGAGCUCGCGGAGCGCUGUUCUCCCCGUCAAUAUCGUCUAGCUAGCUGGAGUCCGCUAGCUCUGGUAAAGAACGCACUAACAAAUUAAAUUUAAGUAUUCAGUAUGAAAAUGCAAGUAAGUUUUUCACUUUUUGAUUGGUCAGUGCCUGCUUUACCUGUGUUGUAAUGUAAUUAGUUAGAAUGUAGAGUUAGUUGAGCGGAUUAAUUAAUUAGUUGGGAUUUUAUUUGUUUUAAGCAUGAUUAGCAGCAUGAUUAGUGGAAUCAGAAGAGGUGGUUAAUUUGGUUCACUUUUUGUUAGUUUUUCUUUUUCUUUUUCUUUUUCUUUUUUUUUGAGCUGCCUUUUAAUUUCUUGCCUGAUGUAAAAGACAGAUCAGAAAUGUAGUUGUUGUUUAUUGUACUCAUGACUUUGUACAUUCCAA